UUAAACACUACAAGUCCUUUUCAUGACAGACAAAAGUAUAUAAAAACUGAGAGAAUGGUAUCCAAUACAUUUUAUUUCCUAUUCUUUAUCUUAUUCACAGUGAAGAGUGAAAAUAAUACAGUUGCAAAUGUUAUGAAAAAGAUUGUGUCGGAAUACAGUAAUUCGACGUCAACCUGCAACAACUUUGCUCCGUGGUUUUUUGAACAAAUGAUAAAGCUCCUAAACUGCGGUCCUUUGCCGAAAUUAAACAGCAGUCGAAUUCAAUAUACUUUGAAAUGGGAAGAGGAAAAAAUACACCUGCAACAAAAGUGCAACCGCAAUUUUGAAGCAAGUGUAGAGAAUACAGCCGAUAUUAUUUGUUGGAAUGGUAAAUGGAUGUAUGAAGAUAAAAGAUGUAAGUUAAUAACUUGCCCUACUUUUCCUAAACCUGCACACAGUUUCAUGAUAAAUAUUGCAUACACAUAUAACUCUGUUAUUCACUUUUACUGCCUUUCUGAUUAUAUUUUGCGAGGAAACAAUUCAAUACGUUGUCAAGAAAAUAAACAGUGGUCGUCUCUACCACCAAUCUGUGAAAUUGUUAAAUGUCUCCCACCGCAUCCACCCAAACAUGGCAAGGUAAACAAUACAAAUGAAGUUAAAGUUAACGAAACAAUUCAUUUCAGUUGCUUAAAACCUUAUAGUCUGAAAGGUGAAUAUGUAUUAACUUGUCUUCAAGACGGUAGCUGGAAUUUUCCGACACCUGUUUGCACUUUGAAAUGUGUUGUACCUGAAAUUGCUGGCAGAGUUGUGACUAUUUCUGAAGGUAGAAUUUUAAAACCAAGAACCUUAAUCAAUCAAGGAGAGAAAGUGUUAUAUUCGUGCAAACGAUCCUUCAUUCCUGUCGCAUUUGGAGUCGUUCAAUGCUUUUCAGGUAAAUGGUAUCCAAACAUACAGUGCAGAAAAUCGUGUAAAAUUGAGAAACGAAACGGAUUGAAUUUUAUUUUGUCACAUAAUUUUUCAGUUAUUGAAUAUAGCUGUUCUGCUGAAGAAACGUUGUUGGGAGAUUCUAAAAGAACAUGUUUAGAGAAUGGAACGUGGAGUGGAAAACUUCCACGGUGUGUAAAGAACUGUCAAUUGUUAUACAAGUCUAACAUACAUAGCUACCGAAAUUCAGACACUUUGCAAUAUCUUCCAUUUGGCAGCACAGUCUUAGAAACCACGAACGUUACUUAUUCGUGUGAACUUCCUAGUAUGAAUAACUCCAACGAUAGUGUGAUAUGUCAAAAUGGUGUAUUGACCCCCAAACCACGCUGUUCAUAUAGAGAUAUUCAGCUGAUAGAUUACAAAGUCAGUUUUACCGAUGGAUUGGAAAAUUAUUAUGUUUGUGAAACAAAAUACACUUGCAAAUUUUUUGGUUACAGACAGAAUCAUGCUAUUGGGAUAGUUGUAGGUAUUAUCGAUGUGUCAAAAUAGGCUUUAACAAUGCAACAUCAGAAAUAUAUAUUGAUGCAGAGGUUGAUACUUGUUGUACUUUGAGGUGUGAGGAUGAUUAAUAUCAAACUCUUUUUUACUUGUACUUUAAAUUUA